GAGGGUUGGGGGUCCCUGGGGUGGCUGGGGGUCCCUGUGUUGCAUUGGGGGGUUUUGGGGUCCCCAGGAAGCCGCCGCCCCCCUGCGCACCCAGGUCGACCUCGGCUGCAACUUCUUCGUUACUGCAGAAGUCCCGGACCCGCAGCGUGUGUUUGUGGCCCUGGGCUACGGGUUCUACGCGGAGCUGACGCUGCCCGAGGCCCUUCGGCACCUGGAGCGCCGCAGCCGCCUCCUGCAGCGGCUCAGUGACUCCCUGACCCGGGAUGGGGCCAAGAUCCGGGCGCACAUCCGGCUGGUGCUGGAGGGCCUGCGGGAGCUCCAGGGGCUCCAGGAUCCCCCCGCCACCUCCGAGCCCUGAUGGACACCCGGGCCCUCCUCUCACCCAUGUAUCGUGUGUGUAAACCUGGAGUAAAGAGCUUUUUGUAACCCUGGA